AUGGGCGUCUUCAGUCAGCUCUCAGAAUCUUCGAAGGCCAAUCCAUUCAGCCUGCCGGUCAGGACUGCCAGCUGUGGCUCAGCGUCUAGCUCAUGUAAGUUAUUUUUCUCCUUUGGCUCUUAGUUUGCACAUUUCUUUUUUUCUUUUUUUCGUUUUAAAUAUUUGACUUUUUAUUUUUCUUUUUCUAUAACUUAUAAUUGAAUUUUUAAAAAAAUGAGGUUACGCGGUUUAUGAUUGUCAUUUUUUUGAUAAUCAACGUCAACAACUAUAAUAUUGCCACUGGAAAUUAGCUAUAUCACCAAAGUGCGCGGAAUGUUAUCAGUAUUAACGAAAGUUACUAGAUUUUAAGGAUCAGAAGAUUGGCUAACCCUUUUUCAACUGAAUUCUUUUUUUCAAGUUACGUCUCUUCACUGAAAAAAAAAUUUUUUUCGCAGUAAUCAGAAAAAAAUAUUUGGAAAAAAAGGGGGGUUGUUUUUUUAAAUAAAGUAAAUUUUUCAAAGUCUGCUUUUUACGUUAUUCUGGUUCAUCGUUGGUUUCGUUUCUAUUGCGAUAGAAGAAGCCCGAUCUGUGAAAAUUAUCGAAAAAAAGUUUGAUUAUUUUCGAGAUAAAGACCAAGGCGUUUUUUUGCUAAAAAGAUCCCUUCAUUUUUCAACCUUCUUUUGAAACGCAUGUUAUCUAAAUCGGAUAGAAAUUUUUGAAAAAAAAGAGGAAAAAUUAUCACAAAUGUUCUCUCAAAGCAUCAAAUCAUCGGAACAUUGUACAUUCUUUGAAUAGUUUCAAACUUCGGGAAAUUUUUUUAUAAUAUUUUUGUUUCAAAAAGUCUUACAACAAGAUUCUUUGUUUUAUAUCAACAGUGGAAUUGCGUAUAGGGGAAGCGUUAAAUGUGAAAAUUAGGAUGUAUUUUUGACUGAUCGGUUCAAUUUUUUUUUGUGUCUUUCACGUGAAAAUCAUCCCUGAGGUCGAAUGACGAGAAAAAGUGGUUAGAGACGCAGAAUGGGCCGCGCGCAUAGAACGAGAGGCAGAGAGGGAAUUUUACGUGGCAAUGAGUCUGGGGUAGCAUCUUUAGAUACUUCUGCUUCAUGUUUUUAAAUUUAAUGAAUGUUUGUGCGAAAUUUAAGGCGCAUAUUUUAUCGGCUGACCUACUCUAGAAUGACUUCUGAGACUCAAGAAAAAAGUUUACCUUUUAUUACUCUUGCGAGAGCUCCGUACUACCAAGGAUCAACAAUCGGGCUAUUCAUUAUUCUCUGUUCAUGGGUUGUUCUGUAUUUUUGGGGGGUUAUGCAAUUAGUUGAUGGUAUUCUCGAAUGGUUGUCAUUUGAUUCCUCACAAUACGUUGCACGGGUUUUAAUAAGCAUUGUGACUUCCACCAUUCCUCCUGUUCAAGGUAAAUUAUAUCCAUUAUCAAAGUAACUGAAUUGAAAAUCAUGUCAAUAUUUUUUGUUUUCAGCUGAGCAAGUAGCACUCGGUUCGGCUAAGUACUACGCUUACUGUGCCCUUGGUGGUGUUCUCUCGUGCGGUAUCACCCACACUGCUAUCGUUCCUCUCGAUCUCGUUAAGUGCCGAAUCCAGGUUUAAAGUGUUCUUCAACUUUUUUUCUCCUUUUUCUUACCUCUUUUAGAUUACAAAAAAAAUUUUUUUUUUUGAAACACUGGAUCCCACUUGAAUUUAAAAAAAAAUUUCAUUUUUUUUCUGUUUUAAAAAUUAAAUUGAGUUUACUAUGCAGAGUUUUUUUUUUGCUGUUUGUUUGAGAGCAAUAUUAUUUUUUUAUUCAGAAGGAGUUUUCCUUGCGCUUAUUUUCCACAGUUCGCAUUCUAGCUGGUUUUCGUGAGCCUAAUGUUAUGUGAACCCGUGUCAAGCAAAAAAGUCCUUUAUCAUUUUUUGCAAUGAAACAUUUUUUUUUUCGAAUUUUUUUUCCUGCUUUUCUAUGUGCCCCUUCACCUCGUGAACUCUUCAAGAAAAAAAAUAUUAAAAAAAGUUUGACUUACUAACCAAUAUAUAGAGAAAAUAGUUUAUCGAUAAAGUUUUAUUCAUUUAUAAACAGUCAAAAUUUAUCAUAUUUCCUUGUAGUGUAUGGAAAAUUUUAAUUAUUUUUUUUAGUUUGAAAGUUGAUUUGAGUGUCUGUGAAUAGUCUUGCGGUGUUUUCGAAUCCAUUUAGCUAGCUGUAAAAAUUAUGAAAGCGCUGAUGAAACAUAUCAUUUUCAAAGUUUAGUAUUCUUCGAUAGUUCAAUUUAAGGUCAACCCGGAGAAGUACAAGGGUAUUGUUUCUGGUUUCCGAACGACUGUUGCCGAAGAAGGAGUUCGCGCUCUCGCGAAAGGAUGGGCGCCGACUUUGAUUGGUUACUCUGCUCAAGGUCUUGGAAAGUUCGGUUUCUACGAGCUUUUCAAGAACGUCUACGCUGACAUGAUUGGAGAGGUUUUUUUAAUCUACUAUCGAUGCAAAAGUUAGAUUUUGUAGGAAAACGCCUUCCUGUACAGAACCACCCUGUACUUGGCCGCCUCUGCUUCUGCCGAAUUCUUCGCCGAUAUGCUUCUCGCCCCUAUGGAGGCGACGAAGGUCCGCAUCCAGACUUCUCCUGGAGCUCCGCCAACUCUCCGUGGGUGUGCUCCUCUUAUCUACCGCAGUGAGGGUCUCACCGGCUUCUACAAGGUAAUUUCGCCAAUUAUGAAGGUUUUUAAGUAUUUCUUUUAGGGUCUUCCUCCUCUCUGGAUGCGUCAGAUCCCUUACACUAUGAUGAAGUUCGCUUGCUUCGAACGCACUGUUGAACUCUUGUACCAAUACGUGGUUCCUAAGCCACGUGCCGACUGCACCAAGGGAGAACAGCUUAUUGUUACCUUCGUUGCAGGAUAUAUUGCCGGUAGGAACUUUUGAAGACUUUUUUGAAAAGCUCUGCUCAAGGUGUUUUCUGCGCUGUCGUUUCUCACCCCGCUGAUACGGUCGUCUCAAAGUUGAACCAGGACGCUGGCGCUUCUGCUGGAUCUAUCCUGAAGAAACUCGGAUUCGCUGGAGUCUGGAAGGGACUCACGCCUCGUAUCAUUAUGAUCGGUACACUCACUGCUCUCCAAUGGUUCAUUUACGAUUCUGUGAAAGUGAGUUAUUUUAGUAUUAUUUGCUAUCGAUAAUAUAAAAUUUUUAAGGUUGCUCUGAAUCUGCCUCGCCCGCCACCACCACAGAUGCCGGAAUCUCUGAAGUUGAAAUUGGCCGCUCAGGGCAAAUUGUAG